UAAGAAAGGAAAUACUACAUCAAACCCAUUUCACCAACCAACUAAACUAUGGACUUUAAUUAAAGGUUUAUUCAUUCUCCUACCUUGAUUUCAUUAGGAGCCCAUUGGAUUUUCUCAAAACCAUUUGACACCAACCCUCCUAACCUCGUUCUUGUAUUCUCUAUAUAAACUCCAGUUCCCUCCUUCCAACUCUCAAAUUCCAUUCAUUCAAUUUCAUUUUUCUUUCUCUUCUAAGCCAUGGUUGAUCUUGUUAAAAAGUCUAUAUUCUGCACCCUUUUCACAAUCAUUCUUGUCUCAUUCCUCAAAUUCUUUAUCUCACACCUUCCCUUUUCCCUCCCUCCAAUUCCUUUACCAACUUUCCUCCUCCCCUUACUUCCUUUCAUUUUCUAUUUCUUCCACUCCAUCUUCAACCGUUCAUCCAACCUUCCUCCUGGUCCAUUUUCCAUCCCUAUCCUUGGAAACUGGCUCCAAGUUGGCAAUGACCUCAACCAUCGCUUACUUGCUUCCCUCGCACAAACUUAUGGUCCUGUUUUCCUUCUGAAGCUUGGCUCAAAGAACUUGGCUGUUGUGUCUGACCCUGAGCUCGCCAGCCAGGUCCUCCACUCUCAAGGUGUGGAAUUCGGCUCUCGCCCUCGAAACGUUGUGUUUGACAUAUUCACCGGCAAUGGACAGGAUAUGGUCUUCACCAUCUACGGUGAUCACUGGCGCAAAAUGCGUAGAAUCAUGACACUGCCAUUUUUCACGAAUAAAGUCGUUCAUAACUAUAGUGAUAUGUGGGAGGAGGAAAUGGACUUGGUCGUUCAUGACCUUAAAAAAGAUGAGAGAGUCAGAACCCAAGGGAUUGUUGUCAGGAAGCGCUUGCAGUUGAUGCUGUACAAUAUCAUGUACAGAAUGAUGUUCGACACCAAGUUUCAAUCACAGGAGGACCCUUUGUUCAUCGAUGCUACACGCUAUAACUCUGAAAGAAGCCGGUUAGCUCAGAGCUUUGAGUAUAACUAUGGAGAUUUCAUUCCAUUGCUUAGACCAUUCUUAAGGGGAUACUUGAACAAAUGCAGAGACUUGCAGACUAGGAGGCUUGCUUUUUUCAACAACUACUUUGUUGAGAAAAGAAGAGAAAUUAUGGGUGCCAGUGGAGACAAGCACAAGAUAAGCUGUGCCAUUGACCACAUUAUAGAUGCACAAAUGAAAGGAGAAAUCAGUGAAGAAAACGUAUUAUACAUUGUGGAGAACAUCAAUGUAGCAGCAAUAGAGACAACCUUAUGGUCCAUGGAAUGGGCAAUAGCCGAGCUGGUCAAUCAUCCAACAGUCCAAAGCAAAAUCCGAGAAGAAAUCUCAGCCGUCCUUAAAGGAGAACAAGUAACAGAGUCAAACCUGCAUGAAUUGCCAUACCUACAAGCAACAGUAAAAGAGACAUUAAGGCUACACACCCCCAUACCUUUAUUGGUACCCCAUAUGAACCUUGAAGAAGCAAAGCUAGGAGCUUUCACAAUUCCUAAAGAAUCGAAGGUGGUGGUGAACGCCUGGUGGCUGGCAAACAACCCAGCAUGGUGGAAAAACCCAGAGGAGUUCCGGCCGGAGAGGUUCUUCGAAGAAGAAGGUGGCACAGAAGCUGUGGCAGGAGGGAAAGUUGAUUUCCGUUUCUUACCAUUUGGCAUGGGUAGGAGGAGCUGCCCUGGGAUAAUACUUGCUCUGCCGAUAUUGGGGCUAGUCAUUGCAAAACUGGUAACAAGUUUUGAAAUGAAACCUCCUCCUGGGACUCAGAAAAUUGAUGUGAAUGAAAAAGGAGGGCAGUUCAGCUUGCACAUAGCCAACCAUUCCACAGUUUUGUUCAAUCCAAUCAACCCAUGAUUUCUUUGACUGGGUCGGAAAAAUCUUGAAUGAGCAAGUUCAAACGGGAUGGGAUAUAGGAUAGUAUCUUUACUGCUUCUGAUGUUUCUGGUUUUUGUUUCUUUUUCUUAUUAUUAUUAUUAUUUUUUAUACGGUUUGUUGUUUCUGUUAGAUUGCAAAAUAAAUCACGUUUACGAACAAAUAGUGUAUGCGAAAGAAUUGAAGGCAUGUGUAUCAUACCACACAUAAUAGGAAAAUAUUCCUUAUGUUA